AUGUCCCUCAUCGUGUUUUCUCUUCUAGUCAUCAGUUACUACCAAGAUUCCGGGACCCCCAAUAGCAGCGAUUCUGGCUUCCAUGAGUUCUAUCAUGAUGUUGUCAGAGGUGGAAAGUUCUUCUGGAAGGUCGAAGAGAUGCAUCGGAGAUAUGUCCACAUCAACGACCCCGCAAUGUACGAUGAGAUCUACGCCGGUAACAGUCGCAAGCGGAACAAGGACCCGGUCUUUGUCUCCUCCUUUGCGUCCCCAUUCUCAAUCAUAGCAACGAUCGAUCAUGAUCUUCACCGCACGAGACGAAGCUUGUUGAAUCCCUUCUUCUCGAAGAAAGCGGUAGUGGAGCUCUCCACGGUCAUCCAAGAGAAGAUUACUCGACUAUCAUGGCAUCUGGAGAGAUUCUAUGCUGACGGAGCGGUGGUUGCCCUGCACACUGCCUUCGUUGGUCUGACAGGGGAGACCAUCACCCAUUACUUGUAUGGUCAAGACAAGGGCUACCUAUCCGAUUCAGACCUCACCAAGCGUGACUUCAUCUGGAAGCUGAUGUUCGAAAGUACCAAUUCAUGCCAUUUGUUUCGAUUUCUCCCAAGCAUCCUUCGACUGAUCAAGGCUCUUCCUGGCCGUUGGAUGCGUCUCAUUCGUCCUAAACUAGCUCAAGUCUAUGCGACGCAAGAGCGGAUCGCACAGCAGUCACAGGACGCCUUGCUCAACAAAGACAGUCAUAUCAGUACCGUAGGCUCAAUAUAUCAGGCCCUCACUGAUCCGUCUCUUGCCCCCGAGGACCGCACCCUGGUCCGUCUUCGUGAUGAGAGCUUCAUACUUCUAGUCGCCGGGACGGAAACCACCGCUUCAACGUUGACUUUUGCCGUCUACCAACUCCUGCGCGACAGAGGAAUGUUCCUCAGACUGCGCGAGGAACUGAAGCAGGUCAUGCCUACACCACGCCACGAACCCAAAUGGUCUCAAUUGGAGCAAUUGCUUUACCUGACCCCAAUCAGCACAAUCGGCUACUUCAUCCACCGCAAACCCCAGAUCUUCCCCGACCCAAACACCUCCCGACCCGAGCGCUGGCUUGAAGCCGCCGAGCGGGGCGAGAGUCUCACCCGGUACCUCGUUCCCUUCGCAAGGGGCAGCAGGAUCUGUAUCGGGAUGAAUAUAGCCUACGCAGAACUGUACAUGACCAUUGCAUCAAUCGUGAGGCGGUUCGACCUCGAGCUCUGCGAUACGAACCCCGAGGACAUGGAAUUCGUCCGUGAGAAAAUCCUGCAACGGCCGGAGAAAGGUGUCUGGACGUUGAAGGCGAGGGUCGUGGGGAUUUUUGCUCUCGUCUACGAGCUCAUCUACCGUAAGAAGUCUGGAGACCGUGGGGUGCGUAUGCGUGACGACGUAUUCAUGAACAAACACUUGAUAGUGGAUUGGAUGUAA